AUGGAAAGAACAAGAGUGCGAGAAACUGAUUAUCCAGAGUCACACUCCAAUGGUUCUGAAGUAGGCCCUACAACUGAGGGAGCUACGCUUACAAGAGAAAGAAGACAUGACUCACAUCUCCCUCUUCCCUCAGGGACAGUUGGAACACAUUUAAGUGCAACACCCGUUAAAAAUACUGGAAUCGGGGGUUUAGACGAUAAUGUCUUUGGUACUGCCUCAGAGAGCACCUCCAACUCUACACGUAAUUUUGCCACGAGCCGUAAAGUUCAGAAAUUAUUGGAUGUCACUGUUAAUGACAACUUUCGUGAACUUGUGUUGUACAUGAAUGAUGCCGUACCGGAAUUUUUGGAGAGUUUUCUCUCUCCAGCUGGUGGUGACGCCUCAACUAUUGAAAAGGAUAAUGCCUCUACAGUACAUCAAUCUCCUCAAAAUACGGUUGCUCUUUCUUCUACCGCCAAUUCAACAUUUUCUUCCUCCUCAACGGCACUUCGAACAGCGUUAGAGGGGCGUGUGGUGGACUUACAUCGUCAUUUUUUGCAGGAAUGGUCAAUGCUUAACGAAGUCUUUGAGGAAGCGUCCGAUUUGGUUUCAAAACUUAACCAGGAAAGUGAAUUACUUGAAUCAACUUUAAAUGCUCACGCCGUACAGGCUGAAGAAUUUGUUGCCCGAAUGACAACGCUACAAGCUGAACUUUCACUAGUACAACAACGUGAGAAGGAAAUGCGGGAGUUUCAAGAAAAAUAUCACUUCGCCGCAGAAGAGCAGGCAAUUCUUGAAGAAAGUCCUGUUGAUGCGGCGUAUCUUGAUGUUCUGCGCCGUGCACAAGUGACACACCGCAAGUGUCGUGAGUUACUUUUAUCACGUGAACACUAUCAGAGUGCUGCUGCGGUGAUGGAUAUCACAUACACUGCUAUUAUGAAAGGUACAGAAAAAGUUGCACGCUUUCUCAUGUCAGCAUCAUCCAAUGCACCUGGUGCAACACCUACAAAUGCCGCAGCAUUUGGAGGAGAUUCACCUGAAGUGACAAGUUUUUACCUUCGAUGUGUACAUUUUCUUCGUGAAGAGAAUAUAAAUCAAUGGGCAGCAGUUGUGGAAGAGGUGGCCCGACUCCGGCGUGCUGCAGUGUUGCGUCAAUACUUUCAUCUUAUGACAACAGGUUCUGUAACCACAUCAAGUGGUACAUAUCGUGCUGGAGGUAAAAGUGAUGAAUCUUCUUCACAAGCAACUGGAGGGACACGACCAUUGGAAGCAGAAAUCAGUAAUCCUGUUUUUUUCUUUAGUUCACUUUUUGCUUGGUUACAUCAAGUAAUUGUGGAUGAAGAUGAUUUUUUCUCUGCUUUUUUCUCACUACCACCAACAACAGCGAGUGAAGGAAAUACCACUACAACAGGAGUAAUACCUGUUGAGAAGGAUACUGUAGGUAUCCGUGAUGAUGAAACUAAUGCCCUUUUAGCUGGAGGUGGUGUUUUCAAUGAAAAUACGGGAUCUGGUUUACCUGUAAGCAAAUCUGCUAUACUUGAUUCCGUAUUUGAAGUUCUCUGUAAGCAUAUUCAGAGUGUACUAGAAGGUGUACUGGAACGGUUUUUACGUAAUGCAUCGAGUCUUCAUGAUGGAGAUUCUUCUUCUUCUUCUGCUGCUGCCGCUGCUGGUGGUGGUAGUGGAGGAGGAGGAGGAGGAGGUAAUAGUGGUAGUGGUAGUGGUAGUGGUAAUAGUGGAGGUGGUAAUAGUGGUAUAUCAUCAGGGGCUUCGGGUCCUAUUGGUCUUACUGGUGGCAUUACACGUUUAUUAUCUGCUGCCACAGGACGACCAUUGGGUUUAACUUCUGAUAAUGUUGGUGGCGUUCAACGAUAUCAACAUGUCAUGAAUCGUUCUCAACAAGAAGCUCUUGUAGUGGCAACACUUAUGAGUUUAACAAAUGGCUUACGUACAGCACAUACACUACUGCAACUUUUCACGUACUAUACGUAUAGUAGUUUUACUCCAUUACUUGGUCGAGAAGCCUCACUUACUCGUCUUAUCGCAGACGAUUCAAAAUUACAACUUCUUCGUGUUUAUCACAUGCUUGCUAAACAAAUUGCGGAACAUGCUCUUGACAGUGUGGCAAGUGUUGUAAGUCGUUCUACAGUAUUACGCCGAUUAGCCUCCGCUGAGGCCGCGGCAGCAGCAGCAGCAGCAGCUGUAGUGGAGGAUGGGAAUAAAAAAAGUGAAACUGCCACUUCUUUUGUUACAGAAUUUCUUCUUGAGUAUGCCUCUGAAGAAGAAAGAGAUAAUGAUGGAAAUGUUAUUAACGAAGAACACUUACGACAACAGCAACAAGUUUUAUCAGGUGCAAGAUCAUCCAGUGUGUGUAGUCGUAGUAGUUCUAAUUUCCCCAACAAUCCGUAUCAUCGCAGUGGUCUCUCUAAACAUCAGGCACAGGCGGCAGAUCUCCUUCGAACACUUUACUCAAUGGUACUACCGACACCACCAGAGGUAGAAGAAUGUCUGCGUGUAUUACAGUCUACAAUGUUUGAGGCGGAGAAACAUGUUGAGAUAAUGGAUUCACUACGUGCGGCACAUUUAAAAAGUUCUCCCUCAAGUGAUUCUAUGACAACAAAUCCUUCUGCGUAUCAUGAACAAUUCUUUACCGUACUUGUUCAACAUGUAUUAUCAUUUCCAGUUGUACUGGCCCGUCAACCAACUAUUAGUGGUACAUUAGAUGAUCCAUGCAAACUUGUGUUACAACUUAAUACUAUGGUGGCUUUGCAAGAAACACUUGCCCCACACUUGCAACUUUUAGCCCUUGGUAAUGCAGCAGCUGGUCAUACCACACCUCUAUCUAAUGUUGUUCCUGAACGAAUUCAUCAAUUAACAAAAGAGUUAACGAUAAGUCUUUCGCACUGUGCUGUAAAACAUUAUUUCAAACAUAAAUCACAGAGUGGUGUAACAGGUAGUAGUGAUGAAAUGAGUAGUAGUGUUGUUGUUGGGUCAACAGAGGUUGAAAAGAAGAAUAGUGUAAUGGAUAUUAAUAUUGAUGAUGAUGAUGUACAAUUUGAUGCGGCUACUAUCACGACUCAACUGAGUGAUUUUUAUGGUGUUGUGGCAGCGACAGGUCGUGUUUAUGUUCCUAUCAUUGCGGCACUUCGUUCAGCACGUCUGCGGGAGGAAGUAAUGCGAGGUGUUUUGAGAGCAUUGUGUGAUGUGUAUGAAGCUCGUUAUAAACGGCUUCUCCAACUUCAACAGCAAGAGUCGCAUGUAGAACAGUCAGAGGGUACACCCACCUCUUCUUUCACGGUGAAUGACCUUGAUCCGAAAAAGUUGCGAAUCCUUCUGGAUGUGGUUCCAGCAUCCUCUUCAUCUACUUGA